AAAAUGAGUUAAGGAAUGAAUAAUAAUUCUCAAUUACCGCUUAUGAGUAUUCCACAAGAUUUGGAUAUUUACUAAAUGAUUUUGAGGUAUGGCAAUGAUCUUAUUUAUAACAUACUAAUAAAUUAUUGAUAUCCGUAUAUUUAUUUGAUAGGCUUAUGAUUAUAUUAGUUAACAGCAACAUCCAUUGUAUAAAGCAUUACUUACUUCCAAAUUAUAAUAGCUAUGUUAAGCAUAGCUACUGCAAAAUCUACCCUAAAGUUUGAACUUUAACAAUUCCUCCAAGGAUCUCUUUCCGAUCCCCAAUAUGCUAAGUAAGCUAACAUUUAUAUCCCUGUCUCUCAUUUAUAUACCAUAUAUAUGAAUUAUUUGCCAUAAUUAUGUAGAUGUCCUGUCAAUGAAUAAACCGAUGGAACUGGAUCAAUACUUUUCCAAUUCAACACAAUUUUUGUAAUAGGCCAACUUCCUGAGCCCAUUUUCUGUGCAACAAAUGAAUUUCAACUAAAAGUAAAAAAACAACGUUGAUAAUCCAAUUACAGUUGAUGACGAUGAACCAUAACAAGAUUAAAAAAAAUGUCACAAUCCACUAUGCAAGAAUGUGGGUGACAAAAAGAUUAAGUCAAAAAAGAAUGAUGUCUUAUUCUUUUGUGAUAAAUGCUCCAAAUUAUAUAAUAAAGGAAACUAUUGUGAUUUUUGUGAAUAAGUACCAAUUUUCAUCUAACUUUUUAAAGGUUUAUGGGUCCUAUGAUGAUGAGGCAGGCUGGAUCCAAUGCGAUACUUGUCAAAAGUGGGUAACAAGAUUGUUUUAUAAAUUAGAAUCAUAUUGCAUGUGAAUAAAAAAAUAGGAAUUAAAAUAUUCAAAUAGAAUUUGAGACUAGUCAAUAUCAUUGUUUGAGUUGUUCCAAAAAUAUCAAGAAACCUAAAAUAAUUAAAAAAGUUGAAGAACCUCCAGUCGUGAAAUAACGUGCAAUUAUAGAAUAAGAAGAUUGUAGAAACAGGGAAAAAAACAUUACUUUUGUUGCAACCAAAGAUAAUAAAAUUUAAUACAGUAUUCAAGAGAAUCUAAAUUAUAGCAUUUCGAUUCAAUUUAAUGGAUGAUGAAAUCAAGUAAGAUUUAGAUUAAUUGAGAAAUUCAACAAAAAAAAAACCAAAAAUUUAAUAAUCAUCUCCACCAAAAAUCUAAUAAAACACCCAAACUUAAUAACCUACUCAAACUCAAUAGCAAUAAACCCAAUAAGAAGUAAAAUAUUUUUAAUCACACUUAGAGCUAAGAGACUUCAUUCGCCAAUAGAAAUUUAAGAAGAAGAAUUAAUUAAAAAAUCAACUAUAGAGAUUUGAUUGGGGAGUAUUGA